AUGAAGAAAAAACCAACAAUUUCAGCUGCUGAAAUUCCCCCAGUAGUUACAGCAUCCAGUCAGCAUUCUGCUUCAGAAAAGUCUUUGCAAAAGCCAACUCCACCGUUUCCUCAACGGUUCAAGAAGCAACAAGUCGUUGGUCAAUUCGGGAGAUUUCUUGAUGUUCUAAAGCAGCUCCACAUCAAUAUACCAUUAGUGGAAGCUUUGGAGCAAAUGCCAACUUAUCUGAAAUCCGGGCAGCUUUACAAUUCUAAUUUCUAUUGGGGUCGAGAUGUUGGAAGAGCUCUUUGUGAUUUGGGAGCUAGUAUUAAUCUCAUGCCCAUGUCUAUUUUCAAGAAGUUGGGAAUUGGAGAAGCAAGGCCAACCACCGUCACUUUGCAAUUAGUGGAUCGUUCUAUGGCCCAUCCGGAUGGAAAAAUUGAAGAUGUUUUGGUAAAAGUUGAUAAGUUCAUUUUUCCGGCCGACUUCAUUAUUCUUGACUAUGAGGAAGAUAGGGAAAUUCUAAUUAUUUUAGGGAGGCCAUUUCUUGCUACGGGAAGGACUUUCAUAGAUGUUGAAAAAUGA